AUGAAAAUACACACCGGUGAAAAACCUUUUUCGUGUAAUAUCUGUGAAUAUAGAUGUACUACAAAAAGUUAUUUGCUAACCCAUAUGAAAAUACACACCGGUGAAAAACCUUUUUCGUGUAAUAUCUGUGAAUAUAGAUGUAUUUUAAAAAGUACUUUGCGAACACAUAUGAAAAUACACACCGGUGAAAAACCUUUUUCGUGUAAUAUCUGUGAAUAUAGAUGUAUUACAAAAAGUAGUUUGCAAAAACAUAUGAAAAUACACACCGGUGAAAGACCUUUUUCGUGUAAUAUCUGUGAAUAUAGAUGUAUUAAAAAAGGUCAUUUACAAACCCAUAUGAAAAUACACACCGGUGAAAAACCUUUUUCGUGUAAUAUCUGUGAAUAUAGAUGUAUUAGAAAAAGUAGUUUGCAAACACAUAUUAUGAAAAUACACACCGGUGAAAGACCUUUUUCGUGUAAUGUCUGUGAAUAUAGAUGUAUUAAAAAAGAUCAUUUGCAAACCCAUAUGAAAAUACACACCGGUGAAAAACCUUUUUCGUGUAAUAUCUGUGAAUAUAGAUGUAUUAGAAAAAGUAGUUUGCAAACACAUAUUAUGAAAAUACACACCGGUGAAAGACCUUUUUCGUGUAAUAUCUGUGAAUAUAGAUGUAUUACAAAAAGUAGUUUGCAAAGACAUUUAAAAACACACACUGGAGCGAAACCUUUUUCGUGA